GCUGAAGAGGGGCGGAAGCUCGGAGCCGUGCCGGGAGCGGCACUGUGAGAUAGGAACGUCGGGAGAUUACAGCCGCAGCUGCUGCUCGUGGGCUGCUCGGGGUCCAGCGUGGCUUUGGUUUAUUAUUAUUAUUCCGAACAAUUUGGGAGAAACUAGAAAACUCCUGUUUGGCGUGACAGUUUGGAAAGGGGAGGUGCAAGCACUUCAGAAUCUGUCCCAGAAAGGUGUUGCACAACAGCGUAGCAAGAUUUGGGGGGACGGGCUUGUCACCGUGGUUGCAUCCGGCGCAGAAGCUGCACUUGCAGGGGCGCCAUGUGGUCAGCAGAUGAAAUUGCUGAGUUGUGUUAUGAGCAUUAUAGGACCAGACUCCCUAAGCAGGGAAAGCCAGAUCCAAGCAGAGAAUGGACUUUGCUGGCAGCUGUGGUCAAAGUGGAAUCUGCAGCUAAAGGAGAGGGUUCUGCUGAUGUGGGGAGCCUGCAGGUAACCAAGGAGGUUGUUGCUCUCGGAACUGGAACAAAAUGUAUUGGACUAAACAAAAUGAGAAAAACUGGAGACAUUCUGAAUGACAGUCAUGCAGAAAUUGUGGCCAAAAGGAGCUUCCAGAGGUAUCUUCUCCAUCAAAUGCGCCUGGCAACUUCCUACCAACAAUGCAGCAUCUUUAUUCCAGGAGCUGAAACUGGGAAAUGGAAACUCAAACCAAAUAUCGUAUUUAUUUUCUUCUGUAGUCAUACCCCGUGUGGUGAUGCUUCUAUUAUUCCAAUUAGAGGAACAGAGAACCAUCUUUCUAAAUCAGUGAAUGGACGUGAUGUAACUGGACAGUCAGUGUUGUGCAGUAGUAACCAUGAUCAUAGGGGCCCAGAAGAUAAAAGGAAAUCAGAGAAGAUGGCAGGUAGUCAUAUAAUCAAGAGAAUGAAGAAUGCUGAUGGUGGAUUUUUUUCCACGAUCACUGAGGACGUGGCUAUUCAGCAAGUAUUUGUGAAACCAGAAGGCAGCGUGAGUCCAGAGUGCUGUGAAUGUUCUGAAGAGAUGCAGGCAGCUAACAAGAAGACCAACAUUGACAAACUGAAGGCAGUAGACGUUUAUAGAACUGGAGCAAAAUGUGUACCUGGAGAGCUGAGUGACGCACUAAUACCUGGCAUAGAGUAUCACUGUGUAGGGUUAUUACGGGUGAAGCCGGGUCGUGGGGAUAGAACAUGCUCCAUGUCAUGCAGCGAUAAACUGGCUCGCUGGAAUGUGUUGGGAUGUCAAGGAGCCCUUCUGAUGCAUUUCCUGCAGUAUCCAGUGUAUUUGUCAGCAGUUAUAGUGGGGAAGUGUCCAUACAGCCAAGAAGCUAUGCAGAGAGCAAUUAUUGAAAGGUGUCGGCACAUCUCUUUGUUACCAGAUGGUUUUCGCACUCAGGAGGUUCAGUUGCUGCAGUCAGACCUUCAGUUUGAACAUAGCCGUCAGGCCAUCCAACAAGGUCAGAUGAGCAGCAAAAGAAAACUGGUUCCCUGUAGCGCAGCUAUCAGUUGGAGUGCAGUUCCAGAGCGACCUCUGGAUGUCACCUCAGAUGGCUUUCGGCAAGGAACUACAAAGAAAGGGAUUGGAAGCUCUCAGAGCAGAUCAAAGAUCUGUAAAGUGGAACUCUUCCAUGAAUUCCAAAAGCUGGUGACAAGCAUUUCAAAGGAGAGCUUACCAGACACUCUCCGGAUGAAGACUCUGGAAACCUACUUGGACUACAAGGAAGCUGCAUUAAAUUAUCAAGAAGCCUGGAAGGCACUGCGUAGCCAGGCACUGCUGGGCUGGAUCAAGAAUGCCCAGGAGUAUCUGCUCUUCACAUGAGAAUAAAAGCAGCUAUGUAAAUCCAGCAGUAAGCCAUGGAACACAGCAGAUACCUCUGCUGGUUGAGGGAUGCAAAAAAUAUCCUCUAGUUCCUAUGCCAAAGGAAGACAGAACUGAAAAGGGAAGCGAUUUAGAGAACUCAUUGUUUUGAUUGAUCUGAAGCCUCCUUUUUAUUAAAUAUAGGAAAGGAUCAUUGCAUACUUAAUUCUGAGCUGCAUGAAACAAUUCAAAACAAAGGAAGCAGUGAUGUGCUAUCCUCUGUUUCUUGGUAUUAUAAUCUAUCAGAGUCCACUAUAAUGGAAGUGACAUUAACUAAAAUUGGAGCAGUGCUAUGGAAGAGGCUGCUGCUGUGAAACUUCAGUGCUUGUUUUUCUUCUACUCUUCAUAACACUGAGGUUGUUCUUGUGAUGCUGGGACAACCUAAUGUGUAGUAAGUCGUAUAUUUUAUAACUCUUGUCUUUCCUUGUGUGGAAGAAUUUUCUGUCCCUCCAGGCCCAUUGCUCCUAACUGGAAGUAGUUGUUUUCAGGGGUCUUCCUCUGGAAGUCCUUUGUAUCAGCUACUGUUGUGACAAGGACCCAGAGCAGAAGCAAAAGAGCGCUGGGGAUAAAGCUGUCAAAUAACACUGUUCAUGGUAUUCUGUGCAUGUCUCAUGAUUUCAGUACCACACCACGUGCCCUUCAUUUGUUGUGCUUCUGUGUACAGGAAAGACACUUCCUAAUUCUGUGCAGUUCCAGGCAAACAUUUACAUACACUUCGGUGUUUCAAGCAUGGGUCAUUCUUGCUUUUUGUUUUUCCUCCUUCAGUGAUACUUCAUUAAAAGCAGAAAUGCCUUAGUGAUUUA